CUUCAAAAUCUAUCUGAAACAAGUAGCUCUAAGCUUGUGCGUAAUAAUGAGACCGGUAAAUUUAUGGCAUUUAGCUUGUUGCUACUUUCGCCACAAUGUACUAUUGCAAAGGAGAAAUUUAAACUACUGAUGGCCUGGAAAUCAUUAUGACUGUAUUACAAUAUAUGCUUCCAUCUCAGGUAUGACAUCAGGAGCUACAACCUUUCUCUUUGCUUGUCUUUAUGUGUUGAUAUGGUAUAGGAAGGGGAACAGAUUAUGGUUUCUCCUUUCCAAGAAGACUAGCAGUAACACUGAAAAGAAUUACGAGGCCAUGAUAGUGUCAUAUGGAUCGCUAGCUCCAAAACGAUACAUGUAGUUGGAGAUAAUGAAGAUAACGUCCUAUCAAAAUGAUCAGCUUGGAAAAGGAGGUUAUGGUGUCGUUUUCAAAGGAAGACUAUAUGAUGGUCGUCUAGUUGCUGUGAAAUUCUUGCAUGACUACAAAGGAAACGGGGAUGAGUUUGUGAAUGAAGUUAUGAGCAUUGGAAGGACCUCUCAUGUUAAUGUUGUUAGUUUAUUUGGGUUUUGUUUGGAGAGAUCAAAACGUGCUCUUAUAUAUGAGUACAUGCCCAAUGGUUCCUUGGAUAAGUACAUUUACUCAGAGAACCCCAAAGAAAUUUUAGGAUGGGAGAGGCUAUAUGCGAUAUCAAUCGGUAUUGCUCGUGGCCUCGAAUACUUGCACCAUAGCUGUAAUACACGUAUUGUCCAUUUCGAUAUCAAGCCCCAAAAUAUCCUUCUAGACAAAGAUUUUAGCCCGAAGAUUGCUGAUUUUGGUCUAGCUAAAUUGUGUCAUACAAAAGAGAGCAAGCUUUCAGUGACUGGGGUUAGAGGAACAAUUGGAUUCAUCGCCCCAGAAGUUCACUAUCGAACCUUCGGGGUGGUUUCAACAAAGUCAGAUGUUUAUAGCUAUGGAAUGAUGCUGCUGGAGAUGGUUGGAGGUAGGAGAAAUGUAAAAUCAAUUGUUGCAAAAUCUAGCGAAAAGUAUUUUCCAGAUUGGAUUUACGACCACUUUGCACAAGAUGAGGGAUUGCAAGCAUGUGAAAUUACAAUAGAAAUUGAGGAGAUCGCGAGAAAGAUGAUCAUAAUAGGCUUGUGGUGCAUACAAGUGUUACCUAUGUAUCGCCCUACUAUAACAAAAGUUCUAGAAAUGUUUGAGAGAAGCUUAGAUGAUCUGGAGAUGCCGCCGAAGCAGAACUUCUGUGAACUAUUUGAAAACUCAGCUCACAAUUUGGAUGUACAAAGUUCAAGUUCUACUAAACCUGAAGAGAUCAGCCUUGUGAAAUCAGAAAUCCUACAACAAUCGCCUACUCAUUGAGCAGAUAGGCCUUGUGAAUCAAAGAACCAACAUUCAUUUCCAACACUGUUAGAAGGUGGCAUGUACUACUGUACAUUCAGAAAUUGAAUAAUUCCAGCGAAAUUUGGUAUUGU